CACACACACACACACACACACACACACACACACACACACACUGAUGAGUCAUCACUAAGGGCUCUGUGCUGGUGAUCGAUCACUGAUGGUAUUGAUGGUUGACAGGGAGCUGAGGUCUCUGGUGAUAGAGAUGGUGAUGUCCACAGACAUGUCCUGUCACUUCCAGCAGAUCAAGACCAUGAGGAACUCCCUGAGUCAGACACACAGCAUCGACAAAGUGAAGGUUUUGUCUCUGAUGCUUCACGCUGCCGACAUCAGUCAUCCGGCCAAAGCCUGGCCGCUGCACCACCGCUGGACCCACAGUCUGAUGGAGGAGUUCUUUAGACAGGGAGACAAAGAGGUGGACCUGGGUCUUCCCUUUUCUCCUCUCUGUGACCGUAAAGCUACCAUGAUCGCCCAAUCACAGAUAGGUUUCAUUGAUUUCAUUGUGGAGCCGACCUUCAGUGUUCUGAUUGACACGACAGAGAAGGUGAUUGGACCUCUGAUAGAAGAGGAUAGGAAGGCCAGAGAAACUGGAAACAGGAGGUCCAGUUUAACAGGAAGUGGCUCUGUUACCGUGGAGUCGGUGCAGAGACACAGCAGCAGCCGCCAUGGAAACAAUGAUGAUGGACAGAUGGACUUUUCUCUGACCGCCAUUGACCUGCAGGUUCUGAGGCUCCACCUAUCAGGCGUCAUCGCCAGCAACAAGGACCGCUGGAAAGAGCUGUCUGUGCAUGAACUGGCCAAUAAGGAGCAAGAGGAACAAGAGGAGGCGGAGUCUAACAUCAGCUCAGAUGUCCAGUCUCAAGCGUCACCUGACCACAGUCCUCCUGACGAACACACCUCCAACCAAUCACAGGACUCGCCCGAUGAAACACAUGAUGACAAAUCACCAGACCAGAUGCCUGCAGAUCACCUGACCUGGAACG